AAGACGAGGAACUUUGAGCAAACCUUAUAUUUAUUGUCAUAUAAUUGCAGAAUUCGGUCUGUUUGUAUUCUCGUCCCCUAGAAUAUUUUAUCUGCCGUGAACAACAAUGAACAACAAAGGUUCAUAUCCACAACAAGCUGUUUACCCUCAGCAGAGCACAGCACCCGUUUACCCGCCUGCUAUGCAAGUCCCUGCUCAGGUGUCUCAGUAUCCAGAUGCCCCUCCUCCAUACUCCGAGGUUUAUCAGCCCAGAUAUAUGGCUCCCCCUCCAGCCCCUGGACAAAUGCCCCAGAUGACCUCUGCUUACCCUGGUACUCAGAUGUACAUGCCCAUGCAUGCCCAGACUGUGCCAAUGGGGGCCAUGGCUUCUAGUGUCCCGAUGGCGUAUUAUCCGAUGGGGCCCGUGUACCCUCCUGGCUCCACUGUCAUGGUGGAUGGUGGAUUUGAUGCUGGAGCUCGCUUCGGGCCUGGCACUGGUAGUUCCAUUCCGCCUCCACCUCCCGGACACCUCCCUAACGCGGCUCAGAUGGCAGCCAUGCAGGGUGCAAAUGUCGUGAUGACACAGCGCAAGGGCAACUUUUUCAUGGGUGGCUCCAGCGGUGGUUACACCAUCUGGUAACAGUGAACACCCCUCUGGGCCUGGACCGAAGCCCUCCUUCCUUCCUCCCCACCCCCUGGUUCCCUUUACCUGUUCUCCCACCCCCCUGCCUCCUUUGGGGCUGCUUGGCUAAGCCACAAUACUGAUUUAAUCUAAUGGAAUGUAAUAUUUUAGAGCCCCUUACUCGAGGUACAAUGCGCCACUGUUGAUAUGAUUGUGUAAUAUUGCAAUUAUAUAAUGUGUAAUGCGUAUUCACAAUUAAAAAAGCGCAUGGUAAUUGUAGGUUUGCUCAUACGUGUCGUUUAAUUAUUGGUUAUAGAGGGAAGACGACUUUUAAGGUGAAAACCAGGUCAUUUUUACCUUUAGCGGAACUGGCAUACCUCUUGCAGCUUCAUUUUUUUUAACAGUACUACUUUUGUUUUGGUUUUAGAGCCAGAGAUCAUGCCAAGAAAACUGCCCGGUCAGUUUGAUCAUCUGUGUAAAGUAGCUAUGCACUCAAACCUUUCUCUUUGAAUAGUACGCUUAUCCAUGCUCAUUCAUAUCAUUAUUACGGUCUUGCCAGAUAUGUCAAAUGCGAAUUUAAGCCGUCUAAAUCAAAGAGAAAGAUGUGUUUACAAACUGAAACAACAACAACAGUGGUGUAUUGUACCUUUGGGCAAGCUUAUAUAAAUGUUAUCAGGUGCCAAAAUUGCACCAUUAUUUAAAAGCUAAGGAAUUUAAAUAUGAAUGAACCUAAAUGCAGUACAAGAGAGUGCGAACAAGAUCAACAAAACCGGUUCAGAAAAGUUGGAUUUCUUUCUUUUUUUUUUUGUGGUUUCUUCAAUAUUUUCCCUCCUUUGUCGGAUACCCAGAGCUGUACAUACAGCAGUUUCACUUAGUUCGGCGUGUGUUCCAGCUCUAUGUGCUUCUCACAGAUUUUUUUUAGGGUUUUUCUUUCGUAUUUUACGCAAAAUAAGGUUGUUUACAGAGGUCAGGGCUUAUAAUCAAGAGACUUUUUAUUAUUUUUCAGUAUUUUGGCACAUCAAGCAUUAUUAUUGUUUUUUUUAUUGUGGGGAAGCUGCUUGUACCAAAGAUCUGGACUAGAAUGCACUAAAAGCUUGUUUUGCUUUUUGUAUGUCUUCUGUCAUAGUACAUCUGCACACAGUUUCAUCCUGAAAUAAUUCAACAUAUCAUAUUUAGGCAACGGCUUUGCGGAGGUCCGGGCAGAGCACACCACUGCUUUGACUGCAUUUGGUAGGGUGUGUUUAAAAAAAAAGAAAGAAAAGAUUAUAAAAAAAAAAUGUUUCUUGGUUGCAUCUUGAUGUUUCUGCAUGCACUUUUCAGUAGUUUUGUUCUUAAUAAAGAGUUUUCAUUGUUAAGUUUUUUUUAGAAGUACUACACAAUUAAUUUAUGUGCACUGUCAACCGAUUCUGAAAUGUUUCUUUUUGUACAUAUGCUUUUAAAUACAAAUAGGACGUGGGUUCAACUUGCUGCGUUGAUGUUUCUCAAAAGCAGCGCUUGGUAGUAGUACGUGGUAGCAUAAAUGUUUUGCGGAGAAAUUGUGCUGUUAAUUUGUACAUGUUUCACAAGGGAUUAAAGAUUUCUUCUCUCA